GAAUAUGUCUUUCAUUGUAAGAAAUGUGCAACGUGUUGUUCCUCUGCGCAGAGCCCCCCUAAGAUUCAACCUGAAUAUUGCUCGAAAUUGCCUUGGAGUGAAGAGAUUUGACCUGGCGGUAAUCUGCACAAACAAUACAAUGAUUAGGAAAAUCAACAAAACAUAUAGAGGAAAGGACACAGCCACAGAUGUACUGUCGUUUCCCUUUCACGAGGAGCUGCAACCUGGGAUAUUGCCCAUUCCAUCCUUUAAGGAUGAAUACAAUUUGGGUGAUAUAUAUCUCGGAGUUGAGUUUAUCUAUCAACAAUGUCAAGAAACAAAGGAUGAUUACAACAGCACCCUGACUGUAACUGCUGUGCAUGGACUUUGCCAUCUUCUUGGAUACCGGCAUGAUACUGAAGAACAGUGGAAAAGGAUGUUUGAAAAAGAAAACAAGGUUCUAAUGGAAAUAAACAAAGUUACCGGAUACAGCUUGAAACCACUGUCUACAAAUUGUUUGUAAAGAAGCAUCGAACUGUGGUGGCCCUCUGUGUUUAAAUAUUUCAUGUAUCAGACUGGUUUACUAAAGAGAAAUCACAGCCACAAGAGGAAUUUUAUUAAUUUAAGUGUGAUGCACUUCAUGUCAUUUGGAUAAUUUCUGGAAAAGAAUGUGAAUGCAGCAAGUUGUCUGUGUCAAGAAGUGGUGGCUUCCUCUUUCAGCAAUCACCAUGUCGCAGGACCACAACUCAUUCUUCCAGCAGGUCGGAGAUGUCCUUGCUCAUCAUGGUGACCUGAUGACAACUUCAAGAAAUCCAUUGAAUUAAGUGCAGCACCUUGAUUAAGCAAGCACUUACUGAGUCAUUAAACAUUGAACAAUGUCCUUAGUUUCUCUGGGCCAUUUAUCAAAUAUAGCCAAAAAUAAUAAUAAUAAUAAAAAAAACCUCAGUGGAUUACCUACAUCAUUUUAUGUUUAUCCUUUUUUGCUGAUUAGAUUUAGUCAAUAUAUGCCCCAGCUAAUCACCUGUGA